AUCCGUCCAUCAUUGUUGGAGCAUCAUGAAGCUCUGAGUAGGUGGUGGUGGCGCAGGCUAUUAUAAUGGCUAUAUAUAAUGGCUAUUUCACCACGUCGCAGGAGAGUUUUGUUCAAUCGGCUGUUAACUUUGCUUCGACCCAAAGGAAUUCUGACUCCAAACUACUUUGUGUGUCUGGAUCAGUUCACCAUCACAUGAGACGUUUUUGUAAGGCUGUAGCUUUAUUUUCCAUACUUUUCUCUGUAAACAGAUACAGUAUACGGUGGCUUCAUUCAUUCAUGCUAGUUACUUUUAAACUGAUGGAUUAGUGACUCUAAACUGGUAGGAUGCGUAUUUACACUGCGAAGGGCUGGCGUUCUGUCCAGGGAUUGUUCCUUCCUUGCGCCUAACGCAGCGGCCCUGCUCAAAUUCAAGCCGGCUUAGGAAAUGACAUGGUGUUGAUUUUAUCUCUUGAUUCCCCCCAGCACUUUAAAACAAGCGGCUGCUAGGACGCUAAUGUGUUGUCAGCUCCACGAAACACAUUAGUAAAACGCGAGACUCUGCCAAAGCCGGAGAUCAUCUUUCGCCUCCUGCCGCAUGACGUCACGCGCAGGUUGCCACACUCUUCUUGUGUCUUUAGUGAUGGACGGGAGUGUGCGACUCCUCACACUUGGGCGACUUCUUUGAGUUGUCUCCCGUGCUUACUGUCCGGAAGAGCAGCACGUAAGGGAUCAUGCUUUGAAGAUGGCACCUCUAGGAAAAGAGGAGGCCCUGGAUGGUGGCUGGGGUUGGGUCAUCAUAGUGGUGUCAUUCAUCGGCCAGUUCCUGGCUUAUGGUUCACCACAUGCUGUUGGAGUGCUCUACCCAGAGUGGCUAGAAGCUUUUGGAGAAAGUAAAGGAAAAACUGCUUGGGUGGGCUCACUUGUUUCUGGGACCGGCUUAAUUGCAAGUCCCAUUUGUAAUGUGUUUGUGUCCAAGUUUGGGGCAAGACCUGUCAUGAUUUUAAGUGGAAUUAUGAUGGGUUCUGGCUACAUUCUAAGCUCAUUUGCACCAAAUAUUCAGUUUCUCUUCUUUUCCUAUGGAGUUAUGGUGGGUCUUGGCUGCGGUUUGGCGUAUGCUGCUACAGUGACUAUUAUUUGUCAAUAUUUUGACAAACGACGGGGGCUUGCUCUUGGAAUAGCGGCAACAGGUACAAGUUUUGGAGGUUUUGUUUAUGCGUCUCUUCAGAUGGAAUUGAUUAAAAUCUAUGGGCUUAAUGGCUGCUUGCUAAUUAUUGGUGCUUUAUCACUCAACAUACUGGUUUGUGGUGGUCCAAUGAGGCCUCUCCAAUUGAAAGGAUACUCUCUGAAGAGAAAGGAGUGCCAGACUGUGAGAAUGGAAAAUCUUUCUGUGCAGGAUAUUAAUGACAAAAAUGAUAAGUUUGGUAAAUGCCCAGAAAAUAAUGCAGUAUUGAAUGUGGAAAUAGUUAAUGGUGGAAAAAAACAAACACGUUUCCUGGAAAGGUGUUCCAUUGCUGCAGUUGUCAAAAACAAAGAUGCUUACUUCAAGUAUAUACAAACAAGCACUGAACUUUUACAAAAUAGAUUUUUUGUUUCACUCUGUAUUUCCAUGUUUCUUUUUGAUAUUGGCUCCUUUCCUCCUGUGCUAUUUAUGGAGGAUGUUGCAAAAAACUCUGGACUCACGGAUGAGGAAUAUGUUUUCCCCCUAGUUUCAAUUCUGUCAAUCAUGAUGGGAGUUGGAAAGCUGGCCCUUGGGAUCAUAGCAGAUUUGACCUGGAUGAACAGCUAUUAUCUCUAUGCUUUUACGAUAGGUGCUUCAGGAGCUGCCUUGCUUUGCAUUCCCCUUGCCUGCAGUUAUGUUACAUUUGCAGUCAUUUCUGGAAUACUUGGGUUUUUUUCUGGAAACUGGUCAAUUUUUCCUUAUGUUACUUCCAAAAUAGUGGGGACAGAGACACUUACACAUGCUUAUGGAGUCUUAAUGUUCUUUGCUGGACUUGGAAUGUUGCUUGGACCACCAGCUAUUGGCUGGUUCUAUGACUGGACACAAUCAUAUAGUGCUGCUUUUUAUUUCAGUGGUACCUGUGUUUUAUUAGGUGGAUUUAACUUGUUUCUUGCUUCCCUAUCCUGCUGGGACAAAAAUAAUUCAAAAAACAAAAGACCAAAUGUUAAAUAUGUUUCUUCAUGUGACAGUGUUGCAUCUUUUGCAUAGACAUUAUUUUAUUUUCUCCAGAUUUUUUCAAAUUAUAAUUCCUAAGGGGACUAUUAAUAAUAUUGUAUAUGUUGGUAUUCCUUUUCAAAAGAUUAUUGUUUCCCUUUUUUAAGAGAUGUUUUUGUGAAAAAUGGUAAAUCUGUUAUUUGUUCCCUGUGUAUUAGUUAUUUACAAAACAUUUUAUUUUUAACCAGUGGAGUAGGUAGGAUGCAUAUAGCAUCUUACCAGUGACAUCUUUCCUAGUUGUAAUGUACACAACUAUUAAAUGUUUUCUUAAUGGUGGACAGAGGUAAACUAAUUAUUUUUUGUGUAAUGCUGAUAUUUGUUCUAUGUGUUGUGUGCCAUGAUGACGUAUAUAUUCAUUAUGUAUCUGUUUUAUGGGUUUUAUUUGGAAAAACAAAUAAAAAAAAAGCUUUUUUGCCUCAAAUUCUAGUUAAUUUUAUGUGGCUGCUACUACAAGGAUGCAAUUUUAAGCACUCAAAAUCUAAUGUGCCUGGUGCAGAAAAAACCUUGCCAAAACAGAUUUCAGCUAGCCUGUCUGGUUCAACAGUUAUCAAGGAUACUAGGGAUGCUCCGAUCAGGUUUUCUAAGGCCGAUACCGAUGACCGAUUUCAUGUUACUUGAUCGGCUGAUUACAAUUUUGUUUUUUCCUUUAUCACUUUAAAGAACUUUUUACACUAAG